AUGAAGCUCAGCCCUCUUCUCCUCUGCAUUGCCCAGGCCGCUGCCCUCGCCCUCCCCGGGGACAGUGAAGCCGGUGUUGCCCUUCCCAAGCGCCAGAGCGCCAACACUGUCACCGACCAGCUCCUCUUCAGCUUCUCCCUCCCUUCGUUCAUCUCCCGCAGGAAUGCUCGCAACCCUUCGAACCUCGACUGGAGCUCUGACGGCUGCUCGUCGUCGCCCGAUAACCCUUUCGGAUUCCCCUUCGUCCCUGCCUGCUACCGCCACGACUUUGGCUACAGGAACUAUAAGAUCCAGAGCCGCUUCACCAGUGACAACAGGCUGAGGAUCGACAACAACUUCAAGUCUGAUCUCUACUACCAAUGCUCCAUUGUGUCCUCUGCGCUGCAAGGAAUUUGCCGAGCUCUUGCGGAUGUCUACUACGCCGCCGUCCGCGCCUUCGGUGGCAGCGGUGCGUCCAAGAGGGACGACGAGGACCUUGUCCGGGAGUACGAGGAGAAGUUUGCAAUUUACAACCAGCUCGUCCAGGAAGCCCAGGCCCGCGGAGAUCUGCCUCUUCUCGAGUAA